AUGUCUGACCGAAAGGCUGUCAUCAAGAAUGCCGACAUGAGCGAGGAGAUGCAGCAGGAUGCUGUCGACUGCGCGACACAGGCCCUGGAGAAGUACAACAUUGAGAAGGACAUUGCCGCCUAUAUCAAGAAAGAAUUCGACAAGAAAUACAAUCCAACUUGGCAUUGCAUUGUGGGACGCAACUUUGGAUCGUAUGUGACACACGAGACGCGCCAUUUCAUUUAUUUCUAUUUGGGCCAGGUGGCCAUACUACUGUUUAAGAGCGGUUAAAGUAUUGUCGAGUCGGAUGCGGUGGUGGUCGGGCGGCUGAUGGCCGAGCAGCAGCUGUUGCAGCAACACCAACAACAACAACAUACACAACAUCAACACCAGCAACAGCAGC